CAAUAGCCACCAGGGCCCAGGCUGAGUGAACCUUGCCCCGGCACCCAUCACGGCGGGGACGAAGUCGCUGUCCUCGGCCACACCAUGGGUGGCCUUCUGCGCUUCUGCCUGCUCAGCGCUGUCCUGGUCAGCCUCCUGGUGCCUGGGAGAAGUGUGUUCAUUGACCAGGAACGUGCCAACAGCGUCCUGGUAAGGACCCGGAGGGCAAAUUCACUCUUUGAAGAGAUGAAGAAAGGAAACCUCGAAAGAGAGUGUAUGGAAGAGACUUGCUCUUAUGAAGAGGCUCGAGAAGUCUUCGAGGACAACGACAAGACAAAUGAAUUCUGGAACAAAUACAAAGAUGGUGACCAGUGUGAAAGCGAUCCUUGCCAGAAUCAGGGCAAGUGCAGAGAUGGCCUCGGCGAGUACUCCUGCACCUGCCUGGAUGGAUUCGAAGGCAAGAACUGUGAAUUCUUUGCACGGAAGCUCUGCAGCCUGGACAAUGGGGACUGUGACCAGUUCUGCCAGGAAAAGCAGAACUCCGUGGUGUGCUCCUGCGCCAGCGGGUACACCCUCGGCGACGAUGGCAAGUCCUGCGUCUCCACAGAUCUCUUCCCUUGUGGGAAACUCACUCAGGGACGAAGGAAGAGGUCGGCGGGCCCAGCCACCAGUAGCGGUGAGGUUGUGCCCAGGACCACCACACUGCAGUGGGGUGGCCUGGACAGCCUGCAUCCCACCCAGGACCCCUUUGACCUGUUCCACCCCAACCAGACGGACGUCGAGAAGGAGAGCAACGACCAUGGCCGGAUUGUGGGCGGCCGGGACUGUAAAGAAGGGGAGUGUCCCUGGCAGGCUCUCCUCAUCGACGAGGAGGACGAGGGGUUCUGUGGGGGCACCAUCCUGAGCCCGUUCCACGUCCUCACCGCAGCCCACUGUCUGCACCAAGCCAAGAGGUUCAAGGUGAGGGUAGGGGACCGGAACACAGAGCAGGAGGAGGGCAACGAGAUGGCCCACGAGGUGGAGCUGGUCAUCAAGCACAACAGGUUCGUGCGGGAGACCUACGACUUCGACAUCGCGGUCCUCCGGCUGAAGACGCCCAUCGCCUUCCGCAUGAACGUGGCUCCUGCCUGCCUGCCCCAGAAGGACUGGGCGGAGGCCAUGCUGAUGACGCAGAAGACAGGCAUCGUGAGCGGCUUCGGGCGCACCCACGAGAAGGGCCGGCCAUCCAGCACGCUGAAGAUGCUGGAGGUGCCCUACGUGGACCGCAACACCUGCAAGCUGUCCAGCAGCUUCACCAUCACCCAGAACAUGUUCUGCGCUGGCUACGACGCCAACCCGGAGGAUGCCUGCCAGGGGGACAGUGGCGGCCCCCACGUCACCCGGUUCAAGGACACCUACUUCGUGACGGGCAUCGUCAGCUGGGGAGAAGGGUGUGCAAGGAAAGGGAAGUACGGGGUCUACACCAAGGUCACUGCCUUCCUCAAGUGGAUCGAGAAGUCCAUGCGGGCCAAGGGGCCUGCGGCAGACACCCCAGCCUCGGCCUCUCCUCCCCAUUAAAGCCGUGGGCUUUGGAGACUGGC